AUGACAAAAGAUAUUGCAAAGCAUAUUGACUCUUGUGAAUGUCAACUUAUUAAAAAGGGAAUCGGUAAUGCAAUUUCGCCACUAAAGCCAAUUUAUAUCACAUCUCCAUUUGAGAAAGUGGGAAUUGAUAUACUUGGUCCUUUGCCUCCUUCUUUAGGGAAAGAAUACAUCAUUGUGACCACCGAAUACUUUACUCGGUGGGUAGAAAUGAAGGCUUUGGCAAAGAAAAAUGCACUAAGUACUGCAAAAUUUUUGGUUGAAAAUAUUUUCUCACACCCCGGCUGCCCUAAGACAAUCGUUAGUAAUCAAGGCCGUAAUUUUAUUGCUGAUACUAUUAAAGAAAUCGCUGCGUUUAUGAAUACCAAAUGGCAACUGUCAACCACUUAUCAUCCUCAGAAUAACGGGUUGACUGAAAGAAUCGAACGAUUUGUCAGAUGUUAA